CUCUGUGUGGUGAAUAUGAGCCCCUCGGCUGAUAGCAGAGACGGAGCUGAGGCCGAAUACGAUGGCGGCGGAGCCGCCGCCGGUAACGUCGCGGUCGUCACGGUGUCUUCGGCAGUCGAGUCCCGGCGGUCGCGAAGUGCGGAUACCUCUUCUACCGGUGGUGGAGCGAUUGCAGCGAACACGGCAGGUGGAGAAGCAGACUGCUUGAUAGUGAGUCCAUCGUCGGCGGCCCUCACCGAAAGUUGCUGCCUGCUGCGCAAAUCAACGACCAUGAAGCAAAAGCUGACCGGCGUCCGGGACGCCUUCCAGAACCGCAGUCUGCUGGUGGACCUGCUGGCGAUCCUGUUCGGCAUCGGCGCCUGGAUCGGCGUCAACUCGAGCUUCGUCCAGCUGCCGCUGCUGGUGGCGAACGCGCCCGAAGGAUGGAACCUGCCGUCGUACCUGGUGGUCAUCACGCAGCUUGGGAAUCUGGGACCGCUGCUGUAUACGGCGCUGCAGAGGGUGCGCGCCUUUCGGGACUCGUACAUGAUCUACGCGGUGCUGGUGAUCGGGACGGUUGGCGCGAUCUGUAUGGCGUUUUUGUACGAGAAAACGGCUUUUGUGUUUGGCGCGGAACGGUCUGUUGCGAUGUUCGUGUGCGUGUUUGCGCUGGCGCUGGUCGGGUGUACGAGCUCGGUGCUGUUCAUGCCGUACAUGGGACGCUUUCGGGACGUCUAUCUGAUCACGUACUUGAUUGGUGAAGGCCUCAGCGGCUUCCUGCCAAGUAUUGUGGCCCUCAUCCAGGGCGUCGGCGGCAACGCCGAGUGCAUCCCAAACAACUCGACCGAUCCGGACGCCCCCGACUUCAUCAGCUACACCCCGCCGCCGCGCUUCGGCUCGCUCGAAUACUUUGUGUUUGUGUUUGUCGUUUUAAUCGUCAGUACUAUCGCUUUUACGAUACUUGAUAACCAUAAGCGGUGCCGCCAGGAGUACGCGGCCGUCGUCAUAAAUCACGGCAACGACUACACGUACGAAACGACACCCACCGUGACCGUCGUGACCAGCCCCACAUCUAACCCAUCGGAAAAACCAACCACCUCCGCGUCAACCAAGCACGAGCAGCCCAAAGUGCUCUCGAACCGAAACUACACCUAUCUGAUGGUUCUGCUCGGAGUGCUGUGCCUGUUCGGAAACGGAUUCUUCCCCGGAAUCCAGUCCUACUCCUGCUUACCGUACGGCAACGUGGCCUACCAUCUGACGGUGACGCUCAGCACGAUGGCCAAUCCGGUGGCGUGCUUCAUGGCCGUGUUCCUUCCGCACACCUCGAUCCGGGCCAUCACGUCGAUAUCGAUGCUGGCGGCAGUGUUUGCGGCGUACGCGAUGGCCACGGCCUUCAUGAGUCCCGCGCCACCGUUUAUGGGGAUGGCCAUCGGGGAGGCGCUGGUGAUCAUCUCCUGGACCAUCCUGAUCGGGCUGGUCAGCUACGUGCGGCUCUCCAUCACGACGGUGUUCCGCUCCCAGGGAGGCAAAUCGCUCGUCUGGGUCGGUGCCGUCACCCAGAUUGGCUCCCUUUGCGGCUCGAUACUUUCCUUCACGAUGGUCAACUUUACGAACCUGUUUCAGCAGUACUAUCCGUGCUGAUCGUGGUUACCAUCCGGAAUGUAAGGGGACCAGGAACCUACUACACCACACUCCCGCCAUAAAAAAGUUGCGUUGGAACGAAUGAAUGUGGGCGUGUUUGUGUUGCUCUGAGUUUGGGUCAUAGAACAAAUCUUUCAACUCAACCUGAAUCAUGUUCGUAGCUAGCGAGUUGAAAAAAGUCUGACUUUCAUUAUUAUAGUUAGGUUGUUAGUUGAUACGUUAAGUUGUAAUUGCAUUUAGUGUUAGCGCUUAUAUUUGUCAGAACAAGAACAAAAACUAUGUGUAAACGUUAAUCUAGACGGUCAAGUACAAAACCCUAAAUUUCCUAUCAGAUAGGUUUGAGUUUCUAAAAUUUUGAUUUCUAUCCUUUGUUAUGUUAUUAGUUAGUUUGUGUUGUGUUUGCCUUUAGACAACGAAUGAAUUAAUUGCAAAAUAAAAUGCACCCGUUUGUAGAGAGUUUAAAGUU